AUGGGAUUCUGCAAUUUUCAUCCCAAAGAAGAAGUUGUAGGGGUCUGUGCCUUGUGCUUGAAUGAAAGGCUUCAAAUUUUAGCUUCAAAAAAUGGCUAUCUUCACGGAACUUACAGUCACAAAAAGACUCGGAUACCCCUGCCAAAGAUUUUUGCUUUAAGCAAUCUGUUCAAUCGACUUGAUAUUGGACAGCAGAAAUCUGAGGGUAAUUUUGGCAGUUCGUCUAUCAGUCAAGAAGACUCUUUCAUAUCAAUCAAGUUUGAAGAUAAUGGUGAAAUUUCUCAGAACCAAAAAUGGAGAAAGCCUAGUGACAAGAUCAACAGUGUAGCUUUAGAGCAAUCAAAACCGCCCGCGGCGCUGAGGUGGCAAAAGCGGAUUGGCAACCUGUUCCAGCUCAUCAAAUGGAAGAGGUCCAGCAAAGGAAAUGUGUGCCACAUGGCCACUAAAUUAGACAGGUCAAAGAUUAGAUAUGGAUGGAUGAGGACAUUGAGAAAGAGGAUUAAAGAAUAA